AUGCCUCAAUCGUCCCGACAUACAACCUCGGUCAAUGGAUCGAGUGGCCCACGAAGUACCCACACCAACACCCAACAGAGUAGGCUUCAACGGUCUCAGACCGAACCUACUUUUCGAGCUUCUGGUCAUACAACACUAGACAGCUGCCUCCGCAGAUCACGCAGGUCGAAUACGACAGGAAACGUGAAACAGCCGGUGAGGUUCAGUGAUAUCGACAAAGUUCACUACUUCUGGCCUCUCGAGGCUGCCUCUCGUAGGAUUGAUGAUGACUCCACCACCCGAAAUGAGCAGCCUACCACUGAGGACUCGAGAAACCUUAUCCAAGACCCUGCCGCUUCUUAUGAUGAUGUAGUCGCGCGCCCUGAGCCCAAGGAGAGGAGAAACACAACGGCUAUCAGUAGGCCUUCUUAUCAAGACACUUACGAAAUCGAUGGGAUCGACAUGAUGGCAAUGGCAACCGAAGAAGCUAUGAAGGAGAUUAUCCCCUCCAUGGCAGAAUCCUGGUCCGGAAGAAAGACGGGCAUCGAGAGUCUGGCAAGAGUCACUCGGACCAUUCAAGAAGACGACGGUCUUACUCUGGGCGCUCUGGUCACCAUGACGACGAGCGGGUCAAUGGAGGAAAGAGAGAGGCAUCCUCAAAGGACGUUAGUCAUUUCGAUCAGGAUGACCAUGAAAGGGAUGAUCCGGAGCAUUCAAGGCGUCGGCGGCAAGAAAGUAGACAGCGUUCUGAAUCCCCCCGGGUCACUUGGGGUGAAGUGCUUGACAAAAUUGACUCCUCAGGCAGUGCGAGGAGAGCGCAUCAGGGCGUCCCAAAAUCGCGAGAUGAGAGGGAUAGAGACGAUCAGCGUCAUGAUGCAAGGCGAGCGCGUCCUGCGCACCAGGGGCGUGAUGAGACAACACGGUCGUCACCCGAUGACAGGGCGUCUACUUCCUCGAGGCGACCUCCUACCCAGUAUGCGGCUAGCCCAUACGCCCCUCCCCUAUCUGGUGGUAGCUCAAGACGAGGGUCAGCGUCACAGCUGGCGCCGCCUUCAGAGGCUGGCAGUCCUCGAUGUACCGAGACAAGCAGAACGGUGGAGAAGAGAACAAGCGCGUAUCCAAUAG